CCCCAAAAUGCUUAAUUUUCAAAAUAACAAGAAAAAUUGCAUGCAUUGCAGACAUGGAAGAAGUGGUAUCAGUGUUCCAGAGCAGGACAUUGAAGUUACACACAACAAGAAGCUGGGAUUUCUUAGGUCUUACCUUGUACAAUGCCGAAAAUGUAGUGUCCCCCGUGCAGCUUGCUUAUGGCGACGAUGUUGUUGUCGGACUCUUUGACACAGGCGUAUGGCCGGAAUCGAAGAGUUUCCGGGAAGAACCAGAGAUGGGGCCGAUUCCAUCACGCUGGAAAGGGGCUUGCAUUGCCGGAGAAAAAUUCGAUCCAGCAAAGGCUUGUAAUCGCAAGCUAAUCGGCGCCCGAUACUACAUCAAGGGUUUCGAACAAACAUACGGGCCGUUGAACACCAGCGGCAACCCGGAAUACAGGUCGGCCCGGGACUUCCUCGGCCACGGAACUCACACAGCUUCAACAGCAGUCGGCUCCAUAGUAAAAAACGCUAGCUUUUUCGGCAUUGGGCAAGGCACCGCCAGAGGAGGCACGCCUAGAGCUCGAUUGGCGGUGUACAAGAUAUGCUGGGGAAAGAAUCUGGACGGAAUUUGCACGGAAGAGGAUAUUCUCGCGGCUUUUGACGAUGCUCUGAGCGACGGAGUGAAUGUAAUAUCAGCCUCUUUCGGCUCAACACCGCCGUUGGCUCCGUUCUUCGCGUCGAGCGCCGACAUUGGUUCGUUUCACGCGGCACAAAACGGUGUUAGUGUUGUGUUUGCAGCCGGAAACGACGGUCCGGACCCGUCUCUCGUCAGCAAUGUUGCACCAUGGUCGCUCUGCGUCGCUGCUUCCUCUAUUGAUCGGACUUUUCCCGCCGAGAUUGUCCUCGAUGGCAACGUCUCCAUAACGGGAGAAGGCAUAAUUACUGAAGAGAUUAAGGGAAGGGUGGUGAAGGCAAACAUUUACUUUGCUAAUGGGAUAUGCGAAUCAGAAUACUGGAACCAAAAGCCUGCCGUAGGGAGAGUAAUCCUUUGCUUCUCUACCUCAGGCCAACUACCAGUUGAAAUUGCGCAGGCUGCAGUGAAAACUGCAAAGGGAUUAGGUUUGAUCUUUGCAGAACCCUUGACUAAGCAGACUGCAGAUGUUGAUAUUGCAAUAAUCCCCACAGUUUAUGUGGACAUUGCGCAAGGCACCCGAAUUUGGAACUAUAUUACUGAAUCUCCCAAGUUCCCUAUAGUUCAGAUAGCACCGAGUAAAACAAUAAUCAGAAGGUCACCGGCUCCAGCAGUUGCAUACUUUUCAUCUCGAGGACCAAGUACAACAUCACCUGAUUUCCUUAAGCCUGAUGUUACUGCACCAGGAAUCAGUAUCUUAGCAGCAUGGCCUCCUGCUACUCCUCCAACCCUGUUACCCAAGGACAACCGUUCUGUGAGUUGGAAUUUCCAAUCUGGAACAUCAAUGUCUUGCCCUCACGUUUCAGGAGUAGUGGCACUCAUCAAAUCCGUGCACCCAAAUUGGUCACCAGCAACCAUUAGAUCUGCUCUCAUGACCACAUCCUACACAAAAGAUACCACCCUCGAUACCAUCCUCUCUGGCGGAUCCACCAAGGGUUCAGACCCUUUUGACAUUGGUGCUGGCCACAUUAACCCUUUGAAAGCAUUGGACCCUGGCCUAGUCUAUGACACCAAACCCUCUGAUUACAUCCUCUUCUUAUGUAACAUAGGCUACACCCAACAACAAAUCAAAAGGAUAACAGGGACCAAUGUAAGCUGCCCUCAUGGCCACCGAUCUAAUGCAAACAUAAAUUAUCCAUCUAUCACAGUCUCGAAUUUGCAAUCUAGUACGACCAUUAAGAGGACUGUUCGCAACGUAGGGUGCAAGAAGAAUGCAGUUUAUUUUGCCACGGUGGUGGAACCUAAUGGAGUAGAGGUACUAAUAUGCCCAAGCAUCUUGAUCUUUUCAAGUUUUAAAGACGAAAUAUCUUACUACGUUACUCUGAAUCCGGUGAAAAAGUCUCAAGGGAGAUAUGAUUUUGGAGAAAUUGUUUGGUCAGAUGGCCUUCACAACGUUAGGAGUCCACUGGUUGUGUCUGUCAACACAACUUUUGGUGUUCCAAGUUAUUUCAACAAUUCCUACAAGAGUAUAUAGCUCUAUGAUUUGGUUACACAUUAUCGCAUUAUAAUAAUAUUAUUAUGUGAAUAAAAGUCUAUGACUUGGUUACAUACUUUGCAUCAUAACACAAUGUUGUUGUAAUUAAAGUAUUUGUAAUAUCAUUCCAAGCAUUUCUUCAUUUUGAAUAAAAAUAAAAGCUUUCGUUUUUU